AUGGGCCUUGACAAGCCUCGCACCCUUUUAGCCCCCUUUCCAAUAUUGAUCGACGGCAACUAUGUAAUAUGGCACCGCCGAGGAACGCAUUAUAGCAAGUGUGGCUGCCCUGGCAUUCACGCUGCGUCUGGUUUCGGGUUCCGAAGGAGUAUUAUCGACACAAAUCUAGCCUACACUUCCAAGUUCUUCGCCUUCGAAGUUCUCCCUUGCCUGUACAGCAAAAAGACCUUCUACUUCCCAUGCACCUGCGCCAUCCUCUACCAUAUCAAAACCAACCACAUCCUAUGCGAAUAUCUAUCGCGCAUCAAAUUCAUCUGGGCCGGUUUCAUCUCAGACCAAGCCAUCAUCGAACUCCGCCGGGUCCCCCUAACACAUCUAACGGUCAUCAUCGGGACCUUCACAACCAAAUUCGUCACGCACCAGGAGACCCUAUUCCGCCGGUUUUUCAAGCGGAAAACGACCCAUAUAACGCAAGCUCUCGGGAUAUUCGAGCUGAUUGAGCUGCGCGGUAUCGAAUUCGUCCGCGUCGAAAACUACGGCGACCCCUUAUGCCGACCGUCCGAGGGCGACCGGAAAGCUUUGGAGCGUAUGCUAAUCGAGCACGUUGGCAGAGAACGAGUGGACCAGAGCGAACGAUCGUCAGACAAUCUCAUGGCGAUGGAUUAA